UUACGGAGCGCUGACUGCUUGGAUUAAUCAUGAGCAAAAAGCUGCUUUUUGCCUGUUGCUGGGUUGUAACCUGACCCCAUACUGAUUUCAUGAGAAAGCUAUACAUAGCUGGGUUCAGUACGGUAAAAGGGAUGUUUAACCUUUUCAGUCAGACGGUAAUUAAAUGCUGUGUCCUUGUAGCUCUGUUCACUGUCAUUAUUAGUUUCUUGGUGAAACAGAGACAACACAGACCAACCGACCAGAAUCCACAUCCUAUUGAGCAAGCGUAUUACAAGAUUAUCUCUCCAUCGACGUAUAGUUAUGUCCUGAACCAGCCAGGAAAGUGCAAAGGGAAAAGACCCUUCCUAGUGCUGAUGGUCCCAGUGGCCCCGGGCGACCGUUCCUCCAGGGAUGCCGUCAGGUCGACUUGGGGUCAGGAGAACCUGAUUCCAGAAGUCGUCAUCACCAGGAUCUUCUUCACGGGCCUGGCCACUGGCGAGCAGGGUCCGCGUAUCCAAGCCGACCUGGAGAGGGAAAGCCAGGAGCACGAGGACAUUGUCCAGAUGGAUUUCCAGGACAGUUACCGCAACCUGACCAUCAAGACCAUGAUGAUGAUGAACUGGUUGGCCUCCAGCUGCCAGGGCGCCAUGUACGCAAUGAAGAUCGACGCUGACAUUUUCCUCAAUGUGCACUACCUGGUCAACCAUUUCCUGGGCUCUCCCAGCAGUGUCCCUGCCCGGCAUGGCUACAUCACCGGGUCGGUCAUCAGCGAUGGCCACCCACGGAGGGACAAGAAGAGCAAGUGGUAUGUCUCGGAGGAGGUUUACCCCGAGACGUCCUAUCCUCCUUAUGUCUCUGGGGCGGGGUAUGUAUUCUCUAUUGAUCUUGCAGGGAGGAUUUCAUGGGCAUCCAGAUUUGUAAGACCCUUUCCCAUGGAGGAUGUCUACAUUGGUCUUUGCCUGCGGGUGUUGGGCGUGCGGCCGACCUACUCCUACAGCCUGACGUCCAUGCGAAACAUGUUUGAGAUCCGUCGUCUGGAAUAUGAUAAGUGCGUGUUUUCCCGCGUCAUCAUUGUGAAUGGAUUUAAACCACACGAAUUGCGGCGCAUUUGGCAUGACUUUCAGAAAUCCUCCUUCACCUGCUGAUCCGUGUCCUGAAUGCUGCCAUUAUGGGGAUUUUCGGAUUCAAUGAGCUCAAGACCAAAUGAUAGUCUACUGCUACCUCAUAGUCCUUUCAUUUAUAUGAAAAGGUUAAGAACUGGACAUAAGACUUCUUAGUAGCAAAAAUAACUUAAUCGUUUUAAGUUUUCAUCAGGGCAGUGAUUUUGUCUAUACUCACAAAUCUUUCUCACCUGAUGUGUAAUACCAAUCAUUCAAACAAUAAUAAUUACACAUUUAUAAUAAUGUUCUGAGCGUUCAUUGAAUGUAUUUGUCAUUUAUCCUACGAUUUGUGAAUAUAUUUUCUCAUACAAAUGCCAUAUGUAUAUAUACAAUGGGCUCCACAACU